AUGUCUGCAAUUCUAAAGUUCAGGGCUGGUAAAGUGCAAUUCGAUGAUUCGUCGCGGGUGUGUACUCCCCAGCCGAUCAAGGGCGAAAUAACAGUGAAGCAGAGCGAGGAGGGAGAGGACUUCUACGAUUUCACGUGGUCCCCGGUGGACAAGACGCCUGGUGUUUCCGAUGAGGUAUUGUUGGUAAUUCCCGGAGAUGUCACUUGGAAACGCGUUGAGGCUUGCAAAACAGGAAGAGUGUACAAGCUGACGUUUCUGAGUUCGGGUGCAAAGAACUUGUUUUGGAUGCAGGAUCCAAAUGACGAUGACGACGAUUUAUCUGCAGAGACCUCAAAAGAUAAGCAGAUUUACGCUAAAUUGAAUGGGUUGUUUAGUGAGCCGGAAGACUGA